AUGGACAUGGCCAUAAGUCAAAAUGGGAGCAUAACAAACAUUUCUCUUUGUUAUGAACAUCAUCCUACCUCCUGUCAGAAGUUCAUCUAUCCACUGGCCAUGCGAGUUAUUGUAUAUUAUGUCAUUGGUGUCCUUAUACUUCUUACACUAUUUGGAAAUGUUCUGGUGAUCAUAGCCAUAACUCAUUUCAAGCAGCUGCACACACCAACUAACUACCUCACUCUCUCUCUGGCUGUAGCUGACCUGCUUGUAGGAGUGACUGUGAUGCCUGCUAGCAUGAUACGCUCUGUGGAGACUUGCUGGUAUUUUGGGACUUUAUUCUGGCGAUAUUAUGCAAUAUGUCACCCCCUGCAGUACCACAGUAAAAUGACUCCUCUUACUACUCUGUUCAUGAUCACUGUUUGUUGGAGUCUUGCUGCUGCUGUGGGAAUUAUAUAUCCAGAGCUAAAUGUUGAAGGCGUAGAAGCUUACAGUGAUGUUAUAUGUAAAGGUGCCUGUGUGCUGGUUCUAGGGCCCAUGACAAGUUUAUCAGUUUCUUUGUUCUCUUUAUAUACUCCGACCAUUGUCAUGCUAAGCAUAUAUCUGAAAAUAUAUCUUGUUGCACAGAGGCAAUCACGGUUAGUCCGCAAUGCUCUCUCUCAUGUAAAUAAAUCCAGAGGGCAGCCCACCGUGAGUAAAGCAGAAAGAAAGGCAACUAAAACAUUAGCCAUUGUCAUGGGAGGUUUUCUGUCAUUUUGGGCACCAUUUUCUAUCUAUAAUCUCAUUGUGACAUUUUUUGGUUUAAGUGGUUCACCACAACUGUUUGAUUUGCUUUGUUGGGUUGCUUUGUCAAAUUCAGCUUGUAAUCCUAUUAUAUAUGCAUUCUUCUACAAGUGGUUUAGAAAGGCACUCAAAGUUAUUUUAUUAGGUCAAAUAUUUAGGAGAAACUCUUCCAGAAUACAGCUGUGUUCAGAGUAG